CCGUCUUACAUAGCCUAUAGAUACUAAGCUAUGCAGAAUAAAAUACUACUGCUUGCUAGCUAGCUAUUUAUGUUGCUUGGUUGCACGUAAAGUAUCAAUAUACCUGGUUUGUUCUGGAUUCGAAUGAAUGGAACCUUGGGCGUGUCAGGGUGUCUUUUUUUACAAGAUGGAUUUUGGCUCGCAAGCUAAUUAAUCGGCAACAAACACAAACUAAUCACUGGUCAGAAUAAGCAAAAAUGAAGAGAAAUAAAGGUAAAAUAAACACCACCGAAAAGGAGUUUUUGUUCGAGUUCACAGCCGGGAAGCAGCGCUACGCUCUGACUGUUCCGCUGCAGUUCCCGGUGGCGGAAAACGUCAGCGACCUGCACGGGAGGCUGAUGCUUCUACACAAAAUGCCUUGUUUCAUUGAGAACGACCUGAAGAGUGCCCUUUGCAGCUUCAUCGAGAGAGAAACGAUUCAGGAUUACGACAGAGACGCAGAGUUAGCCUUGCAGAGACUCGCAGCCGGAGAAGUGGACACUGACCAGCUCACAAAUGCCUGGGCGCGGGCCUACUGUGAUACUACGCUGGAGCACGCCAGGCCUGAGGAGCCCAGCUGGGACGAGGACUUUGCGGACGUGUACCACGAGCUCAUCCAUUCGCCGGCCUCCGACACCCUGCUCAACCUGGAGCACAACUACUUCCUCAGCAUCUCCGAGCUCAUCAGCGAGCGCGACAUGGAGCUGAAGAAGCUGCAGGAGAGACAGGCGGUAGAAAUGGACAAAGUCAUGCAGGAGUUGGGCAAGACGGCGAGCGACCAGGAUGUGAACGUGAUGGCCUCACAACACUUCGAUGCCCAACAGGUGUUGGAGAAUAAAUGGGCCAGCGAGCUCAAACAGGUGACGGGUAUCCAGAAGCAGGAGUAUCAGGAGUGGGUGAUCAAAUUGCACCAGGACCUUCAGAACCCCAACAACAGUAAAAUAAAUGAGGAGAUCAAGGUGCAGCCCAGCCAGCUGACGGAGGUGGAGGAGCCGGGAGACAGACUCUUCGAGGAGCAGCAACAGCUGGAGGAGAGCUUCACCAUCCACUUAGGAGCGCAGCUGAAGACCAUGCACAACCUGCGGCUGGUGCGCGCGGACGUGCUGGACUUCUGCAAACACCGUCGCCACGGCAGCGGCGGGGUGAAGCUGCGUCGCCUGCAGACGGCGCUCUCGCUCUACUCGUCCUCGCUCUGCGGCCUGGUGCUGCUGGUGGACAACCGCGUCAACUCCUACAGCGGCAUCAAGAGAGACUUUGCCACCGUGUCUAAGGAGUGCACGGACUUCCACUUCCCCCGGCUUCAGGAGCAGCUGGAGAGGGUCCAGCAGGUGGUGCUGUACGCCCGGGCACAGAGGAGCAGCAAGCAGAGGGACCAGCCCGAGGUCCCCAGAAACGGAGCCAGCGAGGAUAAAGCCAAAAACCUUGAAAGAAACCCUGCAAACAUCCUACCAGGCGAGUUCUACGUCUCCCGGCACUCAAACCUGUCCGAGGUGCAUGUGGUGUAUCACCUCUGCGUGGACGACAACGUCCGCUCGGGCAACAUCAGCGCCCGCGACCCCGCCAUCAUGGGGCUGAGGAACAUCCUGAAGGUCUGCUGCACCCACGACGUCACCACCAUCACUGUCCCCCUGCUGCUGGUGCACGACAUGUCCGAGGAGAUGACCAUACCCUGGUGCCUGAAGAGAGCCGAGCUGGUCUUCAAAUGUGUGAAAGGUUUCAUGAUGGAAAUGGCGUCCUGGGACGGAGGUGUCUCGCGGACGGUCCAGUUCCUGGUUCCGCAGAGUAUCUCUGAUGAGAUGUUCUACCAGCUGAGCAACAUGCUGCCCCAGAUCUUCAGGGUCUCCUCCACCCUCACGCUGACCUCCAAACGCUGACGCAGCGGACCACGCCCCGGAGACCCACCCCGCCCCCUCCGACCAAUGGGAAACAUCCUCCUCAAACCCGCCUCGAUACCCCCCAUCCACGGUCAUGCGUGAGACGGGGCGGGUCCUGCUACGAUGGCUGCGUUUUUACUGAUCCCUGUGGUAGUGUUUGUAAGUCUGCCUUGCAUCUCUGAGCGAGCUUCCUCACUCCUGCCCCCCGUAUCAACGCCAUCGCAGCGAUACCGGUCGCCCGCCGUGCCGCUGUCCUGGCAUUUACGGUUCCACAGAGGAGGGAGCUAUCUGCAAUGCAGAGGCUUUCCGAGCUCUGCAGUGGGAAGUGUUCUUGGUAACACAUGCGUGGAAUCUUUGAAGAAAAAAAAAAAAAAAAUGUUUUAACAAAAACUUUUCUCAACUUCCCUCUGAACCUUCCAAGAAAUCUGGAUGAUCCGUUCACCAGAGAGCUGUCCAGUGUAACUACCCUGUUUGUUUGUUCGCUGCCCGAUGCGAACACUUGGUUAAAAAGGCAAAUUUUUGCUGAUGCAGACACCACAAGCACUCUCGUGUCUCUGCUGCAUUGCAGUGCAUUACUUAUUUGACCAGUGCUGGAGAAUCAACGUUCCCCUUUUUGUCCACCAGAGUGCAGUAUUCUCAACAGAGACAGAUGCAGUUGUAGCAAUUUUGGACAAUGUCUAGUUAUGUUCCUCUCGUCAUUGAGCGUUUCAUCGUGCUGCUUUUGUGUUUCUUGAAUAAAGAGUUCACUGAAGUUAAA